UUCUCCACCCCGCAGGGGGCUACCUGGCCCGCAGCCUGGCCAUCAUGACCGACGCGGCCCACCUGCUGACGGACUUCGCCAGCAUGAUGAUCAGCCUGUUCUCCCUGUGGAUGGCAUCGCGCCCGGCCACCAAAACCAUGAACUUCGGCUGGCACCGAGCAGAGAUCCUGGGGGCCCUGCUCUCGGUGCUGUCCAUCUGGGUGGUGACUGGUGUCUUGGUCUACCUGGCCGUGGAGCGGCUGCUCUCCAGCAAGUACGAGAUCCAAGGGGAGGCCAUGCUCAUCACCUCGGCCUGCGCCGUGGCCGUGAAUAUCAUGAUGGGUGUUGCCCUCCACCAGACCGGGCACGGCCACAGUCACCACGGCCACGAGCACGGUCCCCACGGCCCUGACGCACAGCCCAACCCCAGCGUCCGCGCCGCCUUCAUCCACGUGGUCGGGGACCUGCUGCAGAGCGUCGGGGUCCUGGUCGCUGCCUAUGUCAUCUACUUCAAGCCGGAGUACAAGUUCAUGGACCCCGUUUGCACCUUCCUGUUCUCCUUCCUGGUCCUGGGGACAACGCUGACUAUCCUCCGAGACGUGGUGCUGGUGCUGAUGGAAGGGACCCCGAAGGGGGUGGACUUCAACAGCGUGAAGGAGAUCCUGCUGUCCAUCGAUGGUGUCAAAGCCCUGCACAGCCUCCACAUCUGGGCUCUGACCGUGUCUCACCCCGUGCUGUCUGUCCACAUCGCCAUCCACGAGAACGCGGAGGCUCAGGCUGUGCUGAAGGAGGCCAGCGCCCGCCUGCAGCACGAGUUCCACUUCCACACCACCACCAUCCAGAUCGAGAGCUACUCGGAGGACAUGCGGGACUGCCAGCAGUGCCAGAGCCCCUUCGACUGAGGGCUCCUGCCCCCGGGCAGACCCCGCGCUGCCCCGGGCCCGCGGCGACCUCCAGGCGCUUCAGCUGGGACUCGAUGUUCUCACCGCGGAUGCUGGCCUGGAGCCCGCUUGGCAGCCUGGGCAGGGGGUGGGCAAGCAGGUUCCCUGACCCUGCUGCCUCUGGGUCUUUUUUCACCUCCCCCUGUCCCUAGUGGAUGCUGUCACUUUUAAUGCUCUGGAAAUAAAGCCAAUAAAACUUCUCCACCCGGUAGCGUGGAGGGCUCCCUUACUGCUGGGGACUCUCGGAUGCCCUGAUCUUCCCUUCCGGUGCUGGGGAGGGUUUCUGAAUGGAAAAGCUAUGCAGUUACUGUAUGGCUUCGCCUACCAUGCUUGUCAUCCCACCCCGAAAUCAGCU